AUGACAGACGUUACAAAAAAGGUGCAGGAUUACAAGGAUUCCCUUAAGAUAAAGGCUGAACACUUAAUAAUAAAAGGUUUUCCAGAAAAAAUUGUAAAAUUAAAUCAGCUCCUAGAAACUCCAAACUUUCAAGAUCGUGAUUUAUCCGAUGUACACCAGGACUUAAACAUUCCAGUGCCACCUCCUUCAUCAGGUACAAAUGAACCAAAUGCAAAACGUCAGCGAAUUGAUAGUUCAGAAUUGUCAUCAAGCAAUGCUUCUGUAGAAGGCACCAGGGUAUAUUCUCUUCCUAAUGGUACAGUACCAUGUAACAAGCCUCUGAGUGACCUUAUACAUCUUGUUAAACCUCACAUUAGAGAAUUGGUUGAAGAUUCUAACUUGUUAAAAAUGUGGAUAUCUUUUAUGAUACCAAAAAUUGAAGAUGGCAAUAAUUUUGGAGUUUCAAUACAAGAAGACACACUUGCUGAAAUUCAAUCAGUCGAGUCUGAAGCUGCAGCAUUCUUUGACCAAAUAUCACGGUAUUUUAUUUCAAGGGCAAAAAUUGUAUCAAAGGUGGCCAAAUACCCUCAUAUUGAUGACUAUAGAAGAGCUGUUAGAGAGUUGGACGAAAAAGAGUAUUUGUCGCUGUGGUUAGUGAUGUGCGAGAUCCGCAACCGCUAUUGUUCGCUGCACGACAUCGUCAUUAAGAACCUCGAGAAGAUCAAGAAGCCUCGUUCGUCUAAUGCUGAGAAUUUAUACUAG